AUGGCGUCACACGAGGUUGAGUCUCAUGUGGGCGAGAUGCAUGACGCUGAAAAAAUUUCAGACUCUUUCCGUGAGUCCUCGUCGUUGGUGCUCUCCGAGGAGCAGGCACUGGCGAAAGCGCGAAGCAAUCCGAAUGAUGCGCUUCCCAUUCUGGUGACUUAUGCCUGGGACGAUCGCGACAACCCUCGUCACUGGCCGAAAUGGAGGAAGUGGUACAUUACCUGCCUGGUCAGCAUGCUCAACGUGUUCACAACCUGGUGCGCAGGAGGUAUCUCAUCGGGCGCCACGGGAAUUCAAGAAGAAUUUGGAGUCUCGGCAGAAGUGACCACCCUGUGUCUGUCGCUGUAUGUGCUAGGAUAUGCCAUUGGCCCGGUUCUUCUUGCUCCACUGUCGGAAUACUUUGGGCGCCAGCCUGUCUACGUCGUGUCGUGGUUCCUUCUUUUUAUCUUUCAACUGCCACUUGCCCUGGCCCCCAAUAUCGGAACGAUCUUGGUGUGCCGAUUCAUUGCGGGUUGUGCAGGUGGUGCCCCAUUGACCAACACCGGUGGAAGCAUCAGUGAUCUUUGGGAACGCAACGAAAGUGGAGGGCCAAUGGCUGUGUACGGAUUGAGCAGUACUUUUGGACCCCCAAUGGCGCUCGUCAUUACCGGUUAUAUUGGCCUGAACUGCGGAUGGCGGAUGAUAUUUUGGGUCCUCAUGGCCAUGACAGGCGGUGUUUGGAUUCUGUUGGUUGUUACAGUUCCGGAAACACGACACACCACGAUCUUGCAGAACAAGGCGAAGCGAAUGUGCAAACAGAUGAAAACCGAGAACCUUUGCUCCGCGGAAUCCACGACGGACAUCCACGCCGGUGAGCGCAAGGGCUUGUACGAGCUCUUUGCCAUCACACUGACUCGGCCCUUCCGGUUCCUGUUCUCGGAGCCCAUCACUACCUUUUCGGCCAUUUACAAUGGCUUUUUGUACGGACUGGUUUACUUGUUCAACGAAGCCAUUCCGCUGGUCUUUGGCGCCCCGAACGGACAUCCGUUCAAUACUGGUCAGCAAGGGCUGGCAUUCUUGGGAAUGGCAAUCGGGCCGAUCAUUGCAUUUUGCUUGUACCCCUUGCAGGAGAGAUACUACCUCCGACGCGUUGCUGAGAACGAAGGUAAGGGUGUCCCCGAAGCUCGCAUGUGGAUGGCUCGUGGUGGAGCUGUCUUGAUUCCAAUCAGUCUCUUCUGGUUUGGGUGGACAAGCUACCGUUCCGUGCACUGGAUUGUGCCCAUCGUUGCUUCCUCCUUCUUCGGCGCCGGCAUCUAUAUUGUGAUCUUGAGUAUUCUCAACUACGUGGUAGAUAGCUACCAGACCUACUCGGCCUCCGCACUGGCUGGUGUGAUCCUGAUUAGAAAUGUGGUUGGUGCCGGGUUCCCGCUUUUCGCUACUCAGAUGUACGAGAAGCUGGAUUAUGAAUGGGCUUCUAGCCUCCUGGGGUUCAUCUCGAUCCUGCUGGUUCCCAUUCCAUUUAUCUUCUUCUACAAGGGCAAGGCUAUUCGGCUGCGAAGCCCAUGGGCCAGGGAACACUUCGAUCAAAAUGAGGAUAACCCUCAUUGA